AUGAGUGAAAACAUAAAUACAACAGAUACACGUAGCAAUGGUAUUUGUCAAGCAAUAAUUGUAUUUCUUACAUUAUGCUACUUUUUGACAAAUUGCCAUAUAGAUUCUGCCUCGGCUCUUUUUGCCUCGGCGUUUCAGAUCCCUCUGCACAAUACUGGUAUAUACUUUACCAAAUUGUACAGUUUACGGUGUUUACUAAUGGCUACCGGCACACUUUUUGAAUAUAUCACAUACACCCUGGUUGAUACAUUCUCUAAAUCGCCGAAUAAUCGCAUAUACAUUAAUCUGGUCAACUUAUGUUUUCAAUUAGUUACCAGGGUAGUGUUUGCCUGGUUAACACACUGUUCAUCGCAAUUGGCGUAUCACGCCUACAUAGUUCUGGCAAUUGAGGGCUAUAUUUGUGGUUCCUUGACUUCACUUGCAGCAAUUGUUCCAGGGUAUUCAGUUGUGGUAACUUUGGGCUAUAAUUUGUGCAGAGUUUUUAUAUCGUUUGUACAAUUCAUUCUAGAUUUAUUGUGGUAUGGGCGGCCCUUGGUUAUGAUAAAGAUACAGUGUUGGUUAAGCGUCGUCUUGACCGCCCUGGCUGUGGGCUCCUGGGCUUACUUUAUAAAUUCGUUUUGCAACACACCUAAUGCUCAUCGAAAAAAAGGGGAUAUUGUUCAGAAUCCUUCGAGCCCAGGUUCAGAAAGCCCUACAAAUGUUCAAGUUGCAACCUUUUGUGAAACAUUCAUGAAGUGUUUGUCACCCUUCCUCAUGUUUCCUGCUGGGUCCAUUUUCAAGGAUUUCCUCUUCCCAGGGGUCCUUCCCUACGCUCUUUUGCAAAGGGAUAGGUGCCAUAUCAUUAACAAGGUAGUGACCUUAUUGUAUGGAAUAGGGUCAGUAACGCUUUUUGUUCUUGAGAAGGCGGGGGUUUUCGAUAAAUGGAACAGCUUUUAUGAUGGAUUUUGGUUCACAACUAUGCCAGUUACUGUUAUCACAAUAUACACAUUUAUGGCCAUUCACACAAGAAUUCCAUCAGCAAUGAGAAUACGAAAUUCUAAACCCAUAGUGAUGAUCAUGACAUUGAUUCUGAUCGUCUAUUAUAGUUUUUUAUAUGCUCUGAGCUAUGCUGGCGUCCCUAAGGUUGUUCACACUUCAUUUAAUGGGACUAAUAAAAUAGGCAAUAAGAGUGUCAUAACCUGUAACGUGAUAUGUACUAUGCUCUAUAGGUUCUUCUUUUCUAAGAUAGCCGUUGGCUAUAAUCACACGAGGGUUAAUCUAGGAUAUCAUCUACCCAAAUUUCGACCUAUUCACAGGAUGUCGAAAUCAAAUGUGGCCUGGUACUUCAUUAGGAACACAUUCAGGAGGGCUGGGAACGACACCAUCGAAGACUUUAGGAUGAAUAUUAAGGACUACCUGUAA